AUGCCUUAUCAAAGACGCAGGGCUCGGUCCUGUGGGGCUGCGAUGACAGAUGAUGGCGUCUCGUUUGUGAAGGAGCUUGAUGAAAGCGACGCUAAAGAAUGUCGGUGGAAUUCGUUGCUUGAAAGAGGAGUAAGGAAUGAUUCAACGGAGCAGGUGUAUCGAAUAGGGAAACGGAUUCGUUUGACACAGAUUCGGCGAGAUGGAGUUGUUCGAUACGCUUGUGCCGAAAAAGGGUGCUCGAGAUCAUCUCAGAAAAUUGGCCAUGUCAUUUCUAAACCCGUCCCAUUGCGGGAAAUUGACAUGGAGCUCGUCGAGAAGAAUGAGGCCAACAGAAAAAAAGAACAACAUGGCCGAGAAAUGAAUCAGUUCACCACUUCAACUGUGAACACGAUUUCUCGA